AUGUCCGCCUCAAUUCUCUCGCGCACAGCCCUGCGCGCCUCCUCUUCGGUCUUCCGCCCCACCGCCGUCCGCACUCUUGCCUCCGUAGCAACAUCACAGAGCGCCCCCGCCGAGAAGAAAGCCAAUAUCAAGAAGUUUGAGAUUUACCGAUGGAACCCCGAUACGCCUGAGAAGAAGCCGUUCAUGCAGACAUACGAGCUCGACCUCAAUCAGACCGGACCCAUGGUGCUGGAUGCGCUCAUUAGGUUGAAGAAUGAGGUUGAUCCUACAUUGACCUUCAGACGAAGCUGCAGAGAGGGUAUUUGCGGGAGUUGUGCCAUGAACAUCCAGGGUAGCAACACCCUGGCCUGUCUAUGCCGCAUUGAUACUUCGUCCAGCGCUCCCGUCAAGAUCUACCCGCUCCCCCACACAUACAUCGUCAAGGAUCUAGUGCCCGACUUGACACAGUUCUACAAGCAAUACAAGUCCAUCAAGCCGUACUUGCAGCGCAAGACUGCUACCGAGGACGGAAAGGAGAACCGCCAAUCCAUUGCUGACCGUAAGAAGCUCGAUGGAUUGUACGAGUGCAUUUUGUGCGCCUGCUGCGCUACCUCUUGCCCAUCAUACUGGUGGAACUCAUCUGACUACCUCGGACCCGCUGUUCUCCUUCAAUCCUACCGUUGGAUCGCCGAUUCAAGAGACGAGUUCAAGGCCGAGAGGAAGAUGGCUUUGGAGAACGAGAUGAGUUUGUACAGAUGUCACACCAUCAUGAACUGCGCUAAGACUUGUCCCAAGGGUCUGAACCCGGGUCAGGCCAUUGCUAACAUCAAGAAGGAAAUGGCGUUCGGUUCAUAG